ACCACAUUUUAAACCUCACAGCCUCGCAGUUUUGUCAUGCGCCUGAUAAGAUUUGCACUCGUGGAGCUCCGGGUAAAAGAGGRCAAAGGGGCCGAAGAGGAAGAAUAGGUCUUAAGGGAAUGAAAGGCAAUCCUGGAAAAUAUGGUAAGCAAGGAUUUCGAGGACCUCCUGGACUAAAAGGAAUUAAAGGCGAUACAGGGAAUCCYGGACCAAAGGGACAAAAGGGAGAUAAUGGRAAUCCUGGACCGCCAGGAUCGCCGGGACCGAAAGGGGAACCAGGUGGAAAGCUUUCUCAGCCUUCAGUACUUGUUUCACCAUCGACAUUCACAGUUACUGAGAACCAGACUGCUACCUUUCAUUGCAAUGCUCAGGGUAAUCCAAAACCAAAGAUAACAUGGAAAAAAGAAUCUGGAAAGAUUGAUUUUGUUAAAACCAGAAUAGAUAAAUCAGGAUUGUUUGAAAUCUCAAAUGUUGAUGAAAACGAUGCAGGUAACUAUACAUGUUCCGCAAAGAGUGUUCUCGGAGAGGAUGCAAAUAGAGUGUCACUUCUUGUCAGAUUUCCACCGAGGCUCACCAAGGUACCAGAGUCAUUCCAAACUGUCAUUCAAGGAAGUACUGUCAAUUUGAUAUGCACUGCAUCGGGUUAUCCACCACCAAUAAUCACGUGGUCAAAAGUUCAUGGUUCUCUUCCAUCAAAACGGAGUCAACAAAAUGGCGGAAAACUUACAAUCAGAAAAUUUGAGUUAAGUGACAGCGGGUCUUAUCAAUGUGUAGCUGUAAAUUCGUUGGGUAGAAAGACUCUUUACAAGUCAUUGAGCUUCGAUGUAAAGAUGGCGAUGCACUUGGCAUGCAAAGUAAAGCCAUUCCAGAUUCAAAAAUUACCGCUUCGUCGAAUGCUGGUUCAAGGUGGCUCCCAUAUUAUGCUAGACUGAAUGCAGCCCUUGGAAGUGGUGGAUGGGCAGCUAAAUCUAAUACACUAGGAGAAUGGAUACAAGUUGAYUUGAGCAAAGUAACCAGAAUUACAGCUAUUGCUACACAAGGCCGUUUUUCG